AUGUGGCCCUUCGACGCAGUCGACUGGCUGAUGCUCUCCAUCCCCAUCGCCUACCUUGUAAUCCUCCUCGGCUCCCUCGCUGUCUUCUCCAACCUCUACCGCAAGCGCAAAGCCGCAAGCGCCGCAUCGCUCGAGCCCUGGUUUCCUCCCCACCUGCAGCGCAAUGUCUACCUCUCGCUCCUACACAUGGAGAACCCCAAGGUGCCCGACAGCAUUCUGAAAGCUGCUCUGUUAAGGAGGGCCACAGAAGAUAUUCAUCGCAUUGUGCAGAUUAGGAAUGCAAAGCAGGCGCUGCAGGUGUUGCUGCAGAGAGGGAGCGUGGGCGACGAUUUGUGGCAACGAUUCCAAAGGGCGGAGAAGGAGAUUGAAGAGGAGCUCAGGGAUGUUGUACAGGAGGCCAACGCAUUCGCUCCCAACUGGGGGCAGACCAUCUUCCAGUCCGCAUCCGAAAUGGCGCAAAACACUCACAUUCGCGAACGACAUGGCGAGAUCAUGUCUAAGGCGUCUGCGGAAAAGGAGUGGUGGCAGAAGCGCAAGGCGGACAUCCAAACCGACUUCAUGAAGGAGCUGGAUGAGGAGAAAAUCAAAAGCAGUGAGGACGAUGCUGUGUUGGUCGAGGCCGGCGGCCCUGCAGGUAGUGUUGGAAAGGGCGCAAAG